ACAGGUAUCUGCUGGUCCACGAGAAUUUUGAAUGCCGAAAAUAACUCUUGAGGGUGAGGCGAAAAGUCAAUCGGAAUCAACAUGACGAUGUUCGACAACGGUCUCUUCAUAGUUCUCCUGGCUGUCCUUGCGCCAUCACUGGGAUCUCAGCCUGGACCAGAUGAGCUCCCCAACAAGCUUGCUGGCAUCUUGACUCAACUAGAAGAUGCUAAGGCUGAUUUUCAAUGUAUCUUUGAUGUCACAAAUGAACAGUGUCCAUGUCAGACUCCAGGGGAUUGCUUUGAAAGUGAUCUCCAAGCGCUCAACAGCACACUUUGCGAUCUUAUCAACGAUCUCACAGCAUUGAUCGGGGAUCAACCAGAAGAUUGUCCUCCACUCGAGGGAUGCGCCGUGCUUGUUUCUGGAUUCUUUGUAUCUGAUAUUGCUGUAGUUGACCCAGUUGGGAUCUUCCUGUCAACUAUAGAAGCGAUUCGUACUGUCAACCAUAUUACAGUUGAUGGAGCCAAUAAUAGCGAUUACUCCAUCUAUUACAUCACCAAUGAUGUCGUAACCUCGGUUAAUCAGCUGUCCGUCCCCAGUGAGGACGACACUCAAAUAUAUAGUAUGUUGUCGCCUGGACUAGAGGGGGCAGGCAUUGCUUAUCUUGAUGAUCAAAUAUUCGUCGCCUUUCGGAAUUACGCUCCAACUGUCAAUGCCCUUGUUUCGAUUUCUGGUGGAAUUGCGACGGAUCUUCUCAAUAUUUCCUGUGCUGGAACUGUCAGAAGUUAUGAUGGGCGAGUGUAUUUCGGCAAUUGCAAAGAAAUCCAAAGCGUCAACACAUCAGGUGCCGAUUUGGAAACCAAAGUGAAGUUUUCAAUGAACAUUAUUUCGUUUGAUGUCAUUGACCAAGUUAACACAGUGUUUUGUGAUGAUACUGGUGCUUUAUGGAUCUACAACGAUGACACCGCAUGUUUCAAGCUGCUGGACUGUAAUUUACGAUGUUGGGACGUCAAGGUCAACCGCUGUUCAACGCUUGUCUACGUGUCCUCAACGGGUGUCAGUCAUCUCAGCAUUUUCAACUCCACAUCCUGCGAGAAGGAAGGAACUUUGAACUAUACCACGUCCGUGGCAGCUGGCAAUCUGUGGCUCGAGUUCGAACCACCCCGCCCCUGAUAAGCAGAGUGGGGAGACCGACCGCUGCUGUCUUAGAAAGCAAUAAAAUAUGUGGAAGGCAUUGAGACAAAUCUGUAUUCAAUAAACCUUUUGAACAUGA